AUGGCGAAGAUCACCUAUAUCGAACAUGACGGGACGUCCCACACCAUUGACUGUGAAAACGGUAUGACGGUGAUGGAAGGCGCUAUUAAGAACUCCAUUCCGGGCAUUGAUGCGGAUUGCGGCGGGGCCUGCGCCUGCGCGACCUGCCACGUCUAUGUUGACGGUGCAUGGAAAGACAAGACCGGCUCUGCCGAGCAGAUGGAAGAGGAUAUGCUCGACUUCGCGUUUGACGUGCGCGACGGCAGCCGUCUCUCCUGUCAGAUCAAGGUUUCUGACGAAGUUGACGGUCUGGUCGUUCGUCUGCCUGAAAAGCAGUUCUGA